AUGAGUAAAUGUAUAAAUGAACCGGAAUGUUUUGUAAAUAAAGGCGAAUUUGAAGUAAAUCCAUUAUGUCUUGAUGAUUCCAUACAUGAAUAUUGUUCUGACAAUAUACAAACAGAAGACUGUAUCACAGAUCAAUUAACGGUAUGGAAUGUGGAAAAAUAUAACGAUUCGAAGUAUGACACAAAGUGCCAUGCAAAUUUGAAUGAAUUAAACAAAAAUGUAAACACACAAAAACAAAAUGAAAAUUUAAAUAAUGAACAAUGCGCUUGUAUCGAAGUGUGGGAGAAACUCAAACAAGUAUUUGAACUGACCGACGAACAAUUAAAUGCAGCCGUUCCUUUGAAAAACACAUUUCCCGGAGAUAUGUUUUAUCGUAUGCCAAUCGAUUUCAACGACGAUGACUGCGGGGAGAAUUUAGUCAAUUUUCAAUUAGACGGAGAAUACUUAUAUAAUUCUAAUGAUACUACGCAAUUAGACGAUUUGAAUAAUGAUAAUAACCUUAAAGCAAUCGAAAAAGUUAGUAUUACAAAUAAAAAAGAAAAUGAAGUAAUAAUCAACGAAUCCAAAAUACAAUCUAAUACAUUAGCUGGUAAAAAAACUACGACUAUUACUAAUAGUAAUGGGAACGAUCAAAAUAAUAAUAAAGCAAUACUGCAAAAUAUAAACCAUACGACUACGAAAACAAAUAGUCCGACGAAAGAUAUCAAAGAAAAUAAAAAGAUUGAUUUUAAGAAUGAUCAAAUUGAUAAUGGAGACAAAAAAACAAAUAAUAAAACGGCGAUUAAAAAACAAAACGUGAAGAAAAUAGUCAAAGGCGGUUCAUCUGGGAAACGAGUCAAUAAAGCGUGUUGUUUGCCGGUUGAAUCGGCGAUCAAAAACGAAGAAUCCGGAUAUAAUCUUAAGUAUAUAUACUCAUACGGUGAGAAAUAUCGAGGUGGCAUACAAAGUGGUCAUAAGAACUGUGUAGAUUUUUGGGUACCUAUUCCGCGGUCCAAAGGAUGGAUAUCAGAAUCGUUUAUAAACACCGUAAGUAACCUAAAUUUAUGUAUUAGAGAGAAGAGCUUAAUUUUGGUCAGUUUCUUUUAAUAUAAAAUUGUCUAAUGUAAUUUUUGUUUUUUGAUAAAAAGAUAGGUAUAUGUAUUUUCAAGGUUAAUGGUGUAUUUAGUAUAUAGGUCAUUGAUGUAUUAGUAUGAAUCAACGUAUUUAAGGGGGUAUUUAAACCCCCCUCCAGAGAACUAUUCGUUUUAUUAUUAGGUAUAUAUAUUAUGUUGUGAUAAAAUAAUUAGGUAUCACAAAAAUCUAUGAAAAAUCGAUAUUCCUAAUCAUUCAUAAAUGUUGAUCAAAAAAUGAACUAUGAAACUUAAACUUAAACAAUUGAAUAAUAAUGUUUGUAUUAUACAUAUAACCAGUAUACAGCAAUCGAUUCAAUUUUUGUACAUAGUAAUAUUUAAUAAUAAUAUAAAUAUAAAAUUAAAAUAAUAUGAGUAUAAUGUAAAAGAAAACAAAAUAAUUAGUAAAAAGACCAAUAACACUUUACUAUUAUAUUUCGUAGAUUUUCCCGGUUUUCCUCCGUUUUUUCCCGUUUAUUGAGAAAACUUCUAGGAAAUUAAAAAAAUGACCUCCCUAAAGUACUACCCUAGUCAGAUUUUUUUCAGAAAAAAUUUAUAAUUGUAAAUCUGGGCAAAAUUCUGGUAGAAAAGUUGUGCACAAAAAAAAAUCCGUUUUACUGGUAAAUCUUAGGAUUUACUAAGUUUCACCAUUAUUUGUACUUUUGUCAUAACAUAUAAUUAUAUUCGCAUAAUAUAAUAUAAUUUGGAAGAUUUUUUAAAGUCAUAUAAUAGUAGCUGUCCCGCCCGGCCUUGCCCUUGUUAAUUUUUAUUUUUUUUUUACACUACUCCUUUUUGGUUUUGACCGUGUCAGUAAUAAAUAAAAAUAAAUAGGCGGAAAGUGAGUAGUCUACCUUCGGCGGACUAAAAGUAUUCUGUUAUGACAGAUAUUUUUACAAUUUAAAUUACUAUUUGCCUUAAGCAUUAAAUGUUUCUGGAUACACCCACCACGUUAAGCGUCUCAUUUUCUGGGGCCAGCGCGAAAAAUUUUGUUUUGAAUGUGAUACGUGACAGACCCACGUACAAUUGAUUAUGGGAAAACGUUGGACAGUUUGGUCUAAACUUGCAACAUUUAAUGUUUGAUCUUAUGCCUUACUGAUAGUCAUUGAAAAACACAGUUUCAAGGGGAAUUGGAGCCGUUUAAACUGGAAUGGUAGAUUGGUUGGUAUCAUUGGUAUUCUAGGAACUAAAACCAUUUUCCCAGCUCCAUAGCCAGCAAGAACCAUACACUGAAGCAGACAGUUUUUUAAAUAUUUUAUUUGCAAUCUUACGCAAUUGCAUAAUUUUGGUGAACAUAAGUUCCGGAGUAAUAUUAUAGGAGAACCUACCUCUUAACCUCUUAACCUUUUAGCUUUUUCCUGUACUUAUGGAGAUUUUUAAGUCAUUUAAAAAUUGUUCAGAAUUAUUAUUAGGAUGAUUAUAUACUAAUCGAAAAGAUAUCUUCAUUCACAUUCCAGUAGGUUUAUUUUUUAGUAUUUUACAAAACUAAUGUUAAACUUUCUUCAAUGUUAUCCCAUAUUGUAUUUGUUUCAUAUAUUGGGGUUUUUCUUCACACGCGUAUAACAAUAUGAAGAUAACGGGAUUAAAUUUGGAACUAGCUUUUAAAAACUGGAUAAAAGUAUCUUGUUCGAAUUUUGUCAGAACAGCGUGACAUAAUGAUCAAAAAUGGGACAAUCCAGUUUAAAACAGGAUGUACGGUCACCCUGAUUUAGGAUCAUUUGAUGUAGAAUUAAAAGUAUAAGUACUUAUGUUGAUCUAUAUAGGGUACCAUCUAAGCCAUAUUGAUUUUGUUUAUUUUUUGAUAUUAUAGCAAAGAAAAAUAACGACCGAACAAAGACAGCUUAAAUUGGAAUUAGGACGGAUGCAAGAGGAAAAUACACAGAUGAACUCCAUGGCAGAAGAAAAAGCCACGAAGAAAAAAGAAAAACAGCAGACUAAACCAAGAGUCGUAAAUCAAUCGGUUAACAAUUUGAUCAAUGACGGCGAAACGAAAAAACUAAUCAAAGACAAUAAUACGGACAGUAAACAUAGUUCGGUGCCUGCGUUCAAGGUGGACAAAGAUAAUGGUGUUUAUACCAUUACGAUGAACCGUUUGACAAACGAUGGGCGGCUGGACACAGUAGAAGACCCAGUCGUCUUCAGAUUAGAUACGCAGGUGGACGCGGAAAUUCACAGUUCUUGUUCGAAUUUGAAUAUAAAAAUUAACCCGUCAGCAGCUUUGUGCCCUAAAAAAACUGCACGUGACAUGUAUACCUCAUACGACCAAUUCUUUCAACCUACAGGAAAAAAGAAAGGCGAAAAGAAUGCUGUUUUUGUUCAAAAUUAA